UGCCGGUGACGCCGUUGAACGCAUCUCGUUGAACUUUGGUCCACUAGUUGGCGAAAUGGGCGUGGCGAGUACGCCUCUGGUCUUGAGUGGGACCGGAACGCCGAGGCGAGUUGCUGUUUCUUCAAAAAUAAAAUAAAAUCAAACAAAUGGUAAUAAUAAUGACGCUUUUCGCCGCAGAGGACAACGACCCGAGGCUGUGAAAAGGGAAAAAGUGGAGAUGGAGGAUUUCUGGGCUGUGGCGGUUUGGGCCGGGCGGAUAUGGCUGGGCCUCAUACUCGGCCUCAUCAUGAUCCCGGCCAUGUUUGGCUUCUCGCUGGGCGUCUCGGAGACCUACAUGGACAUCCUGGUCAAAACACUGGAGUGGGCCACACUAAAGUUACAGAAGGCCAGCACAGAAGAAAAUGCACUAAAAGCAUCUGCAUCCUGUGCUCUAAUCCAGAGAGAAGACGGUUCCAUGGAGAAAGAGCUGGAGGAACUAAGACGAAGUCGGCCCAAACCUUCGGAGGGCGGCGAUUUCACGCUGAGCGACUGUUUCUAUUUCAGCCGCCGGGGAAUUGAGAGCAUCGUGGAGGAUGAGGUGACCCAGCGGUUCACUUCAGAGGAGCUGGUCUCUUGGAACCUUCUGACCCGCACUAGCAACGACUUCCAGUACAUCAGUCUGAGGCUUACUCUGGUCUACUGUCUUGGCAUUUUUGUCAGAUACUGCAUUCUUGCACCUCUUAGGAUCACUCUGGCCUGCAUCGGCCUCAGCUGGCUGGUCAUCGGGACGUCUGCCGUGGGGCUGCUCCCCAACUGCAGGAUGAAGUUCUGGCUCAGCGAGUGGGUCCACGUCAUGUGCUACAGGAUCUGCGCCCGAGGCCUCUCCGCCGCCAUCCGCUACCACAACAGGGAAAAUAUACCCCAAAAAGGAGGCAUCUGUGUGGCCAAUCACACCAGCCCCAUCGACAUCGUCAUCCUCUGCAACGAUGCUUGCUAUGCCAUGGUGGGGCAGGUGCACGGAGGUCUGAUGGGGGUGGUCCAGCGGGCCAUGGUCCGAUCCUGUCCCCACGUGUGGUUUGAGAGAGCGGAGAUGAAAGAUCGCCACCUGGUGACCAAGAGGUUGAAGGAUCACGUGAAUGACAAGACAAAACUCCCCAUACUGAUUUUUCCAGAGGGAACUUGCGUCAACAACACGUCGGUCAUGAUGUUUAAGAAGGGGAGCUUUGAAAUAGGAGCGACAAUUUAUCCAGUUGCCAUUAAGUACGAUCCCAAGUUUGGCGACGCCUUCUGGAACAGUUCCAAGUACAGCAUGGUGAGCUACCUGCUGAGGAUGAUGACCAGCUGGGCCCUGGUCUGCAAUGUCUGGUAUCUCCCCGCCAUGCAUCAACAGGUGGGGGAAGAUGCCGUCCAGUUCGCCAACAGAGUCAAGUCUGCCAUCGCUCACCAGGGAGGACUAGUGGACCUGCAAUGGGAUGGAGGCCUGAAGCGAGCCAAGGUGAAGGAGUCGUUCAAGGAGCAGCAGCAGAAGCAGUACAGCCACAUGGUGGUGGGAGAAGACAGCAGCGGGAACAGCGACUGAGGAGCCGCCGACGGGACGAGACAACUUUACUUGAAACUCAUUUCCUCGUGUCCCGGAUGCAAACACCUGCCCGCACACACACAAAAGUGCACUCGUGAAAUUUACGAGGAAAUGGACGGCUGCUGCUAUUUCUUACGUCUUGAUUGUCGGAUUGACGUUGAAUGUAAUGGAUUUGAAUACACAAUUGGAUACAAACACUUGA